AUGAAUACCCGAACCCCUCUCGAGGGGCCCAGCCAGACUGUGGUGCUCUCUAUCUCGUUUAACGAUGACUGCAGCUGCUUUGCCGUGGGCCUCAACACGGGCUUCUGCAAUAACGCUUCACUCCGAAUGACUCGGGACUUCAAUGCCGGCAUAGGUCUUGUGCAGAUGAUGGGUAAGGCCAACUUUGUCGGCCUUGUUGGUGGAGGAAGACAGCCCAAGUUCGCUUCGAACAAGGCAAGUUUACUCACCAUCAUACCCUUCAUUACGAGAACUUUGCUCCUAACUUUAGUUGUCCAGCUGGUCCUUUGGGAUGACUCUAGGAACAAGGUAGCCCUAGAAAUCAGUGCGCUCACGCCAGUCCGCGGGGUUCAGUUGUCUAAGGAACGCGUCGUCGUGGUGCUGCAGAACAGCGUGCGAGUCUACAGAUUUGCCAAACCGCCCUCCCUCUUGACGGCGUACGAGACGGCCAACAACCCCUGGGGGUUAUGCUGCCUGUCUCCCAGGCGUCUUGCCUUUCCUGGCCGAACGACGGGUCAUGUGCAGCUGGUCGAGCUCUCAUCAGGCAAUGUCAGCAUCAUACCCGCCCACUCCUCAGCCAUCAGAGCGCUGGCGCUGAGUUCUGACGGGGAGCUACUGGCCACUGCGAGUGAAAUGGUAUAUCCCCCUGUGCACCCCCUGAAACCGCUAUCCUCCCCAAGACUAACAACUACCAAGGGAACUCUCAUCCGCGUCUGGGCCACAAGUAACUGUGCCCGGCUGGCCGAACUCCGCCGCGGCAUCGACCCAGCAACCAUCUUCUCCCUUGCCUUCAAUCCCUCUGCUACCAUGCUCGCCUGUACCUCCGACAAGUCCACUCUGCACAUUUUCGAUGUGCCCAAUCCAAACCGUCCCAGCCGUCCCACUCAGCAACCGACUGCCCUAGCCGGUGUCCCCGGCAUCCCCUCGGCCGCAAAUGGUGCCCCAGAGACUGCUAUAAGCACGACUAAUGGCAGUAAUCGCGGGAAAUGGGGCUUCUUGGCCAAGCUACCCAUGAUGCCGCGUGUGUUCAAGGACGUGUACUCAUUUGCCUCAGCUCCUUUUGCGUCGGAUGAUGGAGCAAGCAGCGAGGGGUCAUCGACAUCGUCGCGGAUGUUGGGCGGGCUGCCAAUGUCUGAGAGCACUACGUUAGGAACAUCGAGACCGCCGAAGGGAAUUAUUGGGUGGUUGACAGAUGAUGUAUUGUUGGUUGUUGGGGCUGGAGCCGAUCCGAGGUGGGAGAAGUUUGUUGUGGUGGAGGGGCCAGAUGGGAGGAGAGGGCUUUUGAGGCAGGGCUGGAAGCGGUAUUUGGGAACUCCCUGA